AUGCACCUAGAUCACAAGAUCCUCUGGAAUACAGUAUCAUCACACUUUGCCUUUGUGAAGGACAACCCAUGCAUUCGCAAAAACGAUCUUAUCAUCCAUGAUCGCUUAGCCGAUCGUCAAUCCGCCGAGUCCGACCAUUUCACGCGGACUCUUAUUUCUACUAUCGAGGAGUUCUCAACCGUAGAGCGAGCUAAAUGCCUAUAUCCUAGCACCCUACCAAUAUCCGGCCAAAUGUAUAACCCAUCUAUUCUACCUACCAUCGAAGAGGAAUACUAG